CCCGCCCCGCCCACCUGCUCCGCGGCCCCGGGCACUCUGUGGUGUGGGGAUUGUUGCGUGUGACAGCUGGACUCGGGAGCGGUGUGCUGCCCGACCGGCGCUCAGUUUCCCGCCGGACGCCAGAAGAAUGAAGGCGUCAUCCGCGCCGCGCUGGGCGCCUCCCCGCCGCUGCGAGAGUCCCUCUCCUUACCUGGGCUUCCUGGGGACCCUUCUGGGGGCCGUGGCGUUGCUGCUUUCCACCUGCUCGGAUGCCUGUGAGGACCCACCAGAAUUUGAAGCAAUGGAGCUCAUUAGUGAACUUAAACCCUAUUAUGAAGUUGGGGAAGAAGUACACUACAAGUGUAAAAAAGGAUAUUUUUAUAUUCCUCCUCUUUCCCUCCUUACUUUUUGUGAGAAGAAUCAUUCAUGGUUUCCUGCCACAGAUGAAGCCUGUUUUAGAGAUUCAUGUUCAUUCCCAAAGGAUCCUGAAAAUGGCCGAGUAGUGUUUGUAAAUGGAACUUACUCAUGGGGUUUUGAGGUGCACUAUGAAUGUCAUUGGGGUUAUUACUUAAUUGGUGAAGCAAUUUUACGUUGUCAACUUAAAGAAGAGGGUCCAGUUUGGAGUGAUAAGCCUGCAGUAUGUGAAAAGAUUUUGUGUCUACCACCUCCAAAAAUAGAAAAUGGAAAGCACACCUUUAGUGAGGUAGAAGUAUUUCAUUAUCUUGAAGCAGUAACUUAUAGUUGUGAUCCUGCACCUGGACCAGAGGAAUAUUCACUUGUUGGAGAGCAUACGAUUCACUGUGCUAAUCACCAUAAAUGGAGUCAUAAUGCUCCUGAGUGUAAAGUGGUCAGAUGUCCAUUUCCAGUAGUCGCAAAUGGAAAACAGAUAUCGGGAUUUGGAAAAGUAUUUUCCUACAAAGCAAAAGUUACAUUUGAAUGCAAUAUGGGGUUUUACCUUAAUGGCAGUGAUACUGUUUCCUGUGGUGGUAAUAGUACUUGGGAACCCUCACUUCCAUUGUGUCCUAAAGUGUCAACCCCUUCCACUGCAAAACCUCUAAAUUCCAGUGUCUCAGGUCCGAAGCCUACUCAUCCCACCAAGCCUCCAGUUUCAAAUUAUCCAGGAUAUCCCCAUCCCAAAGAAGGAAUAUUUGACCCUGAUUACGAUACAUGGAUCAUUGCUUUGCUUAUUAUUAUUGCAAUUCUUACAGUUGCAGUAGUGAUCGUCGGCCUGUACAAAUAUCUUCAAAGGAGGAAGAAAGGCACAUACCUAAUUGAUGAGAGCCACAGAGAAGUAAUAUUUACUUCUCUUUGAGAAGAAGAGAUGAGAGAAAGGUUUGCUUUUAUCACUAAAAGG